GCCUCAUCCCCUCAGACAGCGUCCCCCGCCCAACCGCCCCCGACCCCGCGCCCCACAGGCGAGCUCGGCGCCCAUUGGCCAGCGCCGCCUUCUGCCCACGCUGCUCGACUUGUGAUUGGGCAGAUCUUCCCUCAAUCCUUCACCUUCCGGCGUUCUGAUUCGCUGCGCUGGGGAGGCGGGGCGAGCCUGUCGCCCUGGGGGUCGGCGGCGUGCGUGUCCGGGCGCUCGGUGCGUUAUUCCCAGCGGCGAUCCUGAUAACAUUCCCGUCGGCAUCCCUUGGCGCCAUGGAGCUGUCCUGCCAGGCGCUGAGAACCACCCACCAGGCGAGGGAAACGGAGGAGAUGCGAACAGAAGCUCGUCGGAAAAAUCUCCUUAUUCUAAUUUUGCAUUACUUAAUCGAGGAAGGAUAUGUUGAGGCUGCAAAUGCUUUGGAACAAGAGACGAAAUUAGGUUUACGUGGCUUUGAAGUUUGUGACAACAUUGAUCUUGAGACAAUUUUGAUGGAAUAUGAAAGCUACUAUUUUGUAAAAUUUCAGAAGUAUCCUAAAAUUACCAAAAAGGCUCUGGACACUGCAGAAAAUAAACAACAGCUGAGAUGUGGAGGAAGAACAAGAAGGACAAUAACUUCUUCUCAGAGUGUACCAAGGGUCAAACAACAGACGGUGCAACGACUAGUGUCAAAAACCUCACCUGGGAGUACAGCAGAACCUAAAUCUUCCACCAAGGAGAGCCCCAGACAGAACAGUGAUGGCGCAGAUACUCUGGAUCAAUCUGAUUUUGGUUUAAGCAUCUCAGGAAUCAGCAAAAGUGGAGGAGACAGCGCUCAUGCAAGAAAGGGCCAAAUAAUUGACUUCCACAAGAUGAUUCAGGAUGCUGUCAGAGUGCCACCAGAUGGAAUUCCCAUGAACAGCCUUAAUUGUGAUCCAGGUCCAUCAGAACGAUUAUUGAAACCUCUUAGUGCUUUUAUUGGCAUGACUGGUGAGAUGAGGGAACUUGCAAUGGUUGUGAGCAAAGACAUUUAUCUCCAUAAGCCGAACGUGAAGUGGGAUGAUAUUAUAGGACUGGAUGCAGCUAAAAGGCUGGUCAAGGAAGCAGUUGUUUACCCCAUAAAGUAUCCAGAGCUGUUUACUGGCAUUCUGUCUCCUUGGAAAGGAUUAUUGCUGUAUGGACCACCAGGUACUGGAAAAACCUUGCUUGCUAAGGCUGUUGCCACAGAAUGCAAUACAACCUUUUUCAACAUAUCAGCAUCCACCAUUGUCAGCAAAUGGAGGGGUGAUUCAGAAAAACUUGUCCGGGUGUUGUUUGAGCUUGCCCGGUACCACGCUCCUUCCACAAUUUUCUUGGAUGAGCUGGAGUCAGUUAUGAGUCAAAGAGGAACUGCUCCUGGUGGUGAACAUGAAGGAAGUCGGCGGAUGAAAACAGAAUUACUGGUGCAGAUGGAUGGCUUGGCCCGAUCUGAUGAUCUUGUAUUUGUUUUAGCAGCUUCCAAUCUGCCAUGCUGGAGGCGAGGAUCUUGCUGUCAAAGCCACAUCUCCACAGCGAGGCGGGCUGAGACGUCCCUCUCCUCCUGUGCCUGCAGGGAGCUGGACUCUGCCAUGCUGCGGCGGCUGGAGAAGAGGAUCCUGGUGGACCUGCCAAGCCAGGAGGCACGGCGGGUGAUGAUCCAGCACUGGCUGCCCCCUCUGAGCACCAGCAGCGGCAUGAAGCUGAGGACAGACCUGGACUACAGCCUGCUGAGCCAGGAAACAGAUGGAUACUCUGGCUCAGACAUAAAACUCGUGUGCAAGGAGGCAGCCAUGAGACCAGUGAGGAAGAUUUUCGAUGCUCUUGAAAAUCAUCAGCCAGGUAACAGUACCUUGGCCAUGAUCCAACUGGACACAAUAACAACAGCCGAUUUCCUGGAUGUGAUCACCCACACCAAGCCAUCAGCAAAGAAUCUAAGCCAGAAGUACACAGCUUGGCAGAGGGAAUUUGAGUCAGUCUGACAGAGAAAAAAACCCAAA